UUCUUAUCAGCUUAAUAUCUGAUACACUCCCCAUCGGGGAGUCAGAAUAUUAACCUUAUUUUUGGAAUUGGUCGGACUCCGGGGCUUGCUCCGACUCCGACACGGGUCGUACCUGCCUUGCAGUGCCGCAGGACGCGGCCCACAUUUAUUAAUUUAAACAUAAUAUUGAGCAUUUUAAAAUGCUCUGACUUUUCUUUUAGUUUUUAUUUUUAUCUGGGGUCGCGAUCGCGUUUUGGACUUAUCCCAAUGGCAGUGGUGCGACUCACUGUGAGAUAGACGACUGGGACGCGUGGUAAUUCGACGACGAACCCCCAGUCCAGCUGCACCGCCAGGGGCAACGAGGUCAUUAUUACCUCCCCCCCCCAUGAAACCUUCCCAUGCCCCUUCUGCAAUAAAGGGGCACCCCCAUCUCGAAUGAAGUGGUCGUGUACCAGCGGCACGAGGACUUAGGCAAGCACCUGCGCCUCCAACACCACGGCACAAACAGAAGGUGGGUCUGCGGUGUGUGUUUCUUCAUCGACGACAGCACUUAUCUGCUGAAGAAGAUGUGGAAGCACCACGCAGACUCCCACAGGAGUAAUGCAGUGCCUCGUGCCGCUGGGACGCGGUCAUCUGCCCCAAAGGGAGAUAAUAGUGGCGGUGCACCCUUGGCUAGGGGGGAUUCAGCCGAGGAGCGACCCUCUAUAGACGCGGCGCCCUCUACGACCCAGAGGCCCCCUCCGUCCCCGUUGGAAGCGGCAGGGACCACCACGCGUGGAGUACCCUUGGCUGGGGGGGAUUCAGCCGAGGAGCGACCCUCUAUAGACGCGGCGCACUCUACGACCAAGAGGCCCCCUCCGUCCCCGUUGGAAGCGGCAGGGACCACCACGGGUGGAGGCGCGCUGACGCCCGCCACUAAAGCUACCACAACCAACCCCAGGACUGCGCUAAAGGAGAAGCCUGUAAUCACUUAAUCGGUGACUGGGAGAAACCUUAUGAUGGGCUGGGCUAUCAAGAAGACAACGACCACGAGGAAGAGCGAGACGCCGUCCAGCCCCAGCGAUGGACGACCUAUUUUUAUUUCUAUAUUUGUUUUAUAUCUAUGUUUAUGUUCAUAUUUAUAUAUCUAUCUACGUUUUAGUAUAGAUUUAUUUCUACAUCUAGCGCAUAUUACUUAAUAACUACACUAAAAAGAAGAUUCUAUUAUAUGUAUAUUCCCAUCUAAAGGGCUACGUCCAAGACUGCUGUAAAUGUACCCCCCAAGGGCAGGCCAUUGGGGAAACGUUAAUUGUUAAAAUAAAGCGCUAUAUCUGUUCUUAUCACA